UGAGUACAGAUUUAUAUAUGGCAAAAUUUUCUCAUUAAAAAAUAUAUUUGAAAUCCCAGAGCAAAAGUAGAGCGAAAAGAUAGUCAAAAGAUAGCUUACCAAAUUGGAUAAAUGAAUUGAGCAACAAAAUUAUUUUCGCCCAUUUAACAAAAUUAGCAGUCGUCAGUUUUUUACAGUAGCCUAAGAAUGCCGCCGAAGAAUUAUUCCGCUGUGCAGAAGCUAACGCAAUCCCUGCGCUCCUAUCAGCGUCAGUUUAGUGGUCGCAACAUAGUCGAAAAGGGCUACGAUGCACUCUUCUCCGGCAGAUACACGCAUCGCUCAUGGCCCAAGCGCGAGGAAGGCUUUGCCGCUAUUCAAGUGAUGCGUCAAUCUCAAUUGCGACCCUGGACCAACGCCAGACGCUACGUCAAUCAGUCGCAGCUGGGUCAACAGUCCACAGUGGCCAAGCGGGCUGCCACCCAACGACGCAACAAUAUACUCGCCGCCAAGAGCGCAGCCAGCCAUCGACUCAAUAUGCUGCGCGACGCAGCCGAAAGUAUGACACAGCAAAAGAGCGACGAGCGAGUCGCGCAGCCCGCCAAGCAGCAAUCAGCCCAAGCUGCCACUGCUCAGCUUAGUCGGAAGAAGUUGGACGAGCAGCGACAACAACAGAAACCAACAGAACAAGCAAAGCCAGCAAAGCAACCAAAGACUGCAGAUCCAAAGAAAAUCGCCUCCAAGUUAAGUUCGCUUAGUUUCGAGCAGAGCGACAAUGCUGAGAGCAAAGAGAAGAAGAAAGUCACGCGCGAUUUGCGUCCACUGCGCGACAUUGUCUUUGGCUUCAAGGACAACAAGAACGAAGACGAUCAGGCGGACCAAAUGGAGCUCGACGAUGAGCUGCUUAGACGUGUUACUAUGCAGCAGCAGGUGCUACCAGAGAGUUCGAUAUCGCGCAAAGUAAUUGCGCCAUAUUCAACAUAUCGAACGCAUAGAAAUCGCUGGGCCGAGUUUCGUCAUCGUAUGAUCUAUGGGCCAGUGAAUAUUUAAAGGAAUAGAAAGUUUAGUUAACUCGGUUGUACAAUUGAUUUGUCAUUUGAUAUAAUAUCUACUUUUGCAAAGUAUUUCAACAUCAACAUUUUAGGCAGAGCGCAAAGUUUUCGAAACUUAGUCAACUAAAUUUCAAUUGAAUUGAAAUAGCAGAGUAAUCACAAAAUAAACAGUAUAAGAAUUUUUAA